ACUCAGCGAUAAAGUUUUGAAACUAAACAACCUCGCGGUCUACUAAGCAAGCGAUUAAAAUUAUAAUCUGAUAGUCUGAAAAUCCUCACAAUUUCUGCCCUGUUUUCAAAACUCAGUCUAACUGGAGUUAUAUUUUAAAUUGUAUUCCGAGCUUUUGCAUAGCCUGAAAUUCUGAUUAAUUGGGAUUCUCUCCAAUAGAAAUGUUGAAGCUUUUUCUCCUAAUUGCCGCAAUAAGCAUAAGUUAUCAAAAAAGAGGACCUCUAUGGAAAAUUGAAAAUAAGUCGGACUUGGAUGACAUUUUGUUCAAAAACAUAUCCUCUCAUGCCAUCAAAUACAUGAUGCUGGCCGCAAACCAUUCAAUUCAAGCGAUAGAAAAACUUGGUCUGCUAAGUGAUGCUCUCGAAACUAGAAUGAAGGAAACAGAAGAGCUAAUUGAUGAAGAAAAUCGAGCUCAGGAGGAGAUGGCGAAGCAGUGUUUAGCUGAAAAGAUGGUGCAGCAGUCUUGCUUUAUGUGCUACCAAGAGAAGUGCUUGGAAAUUCUCCAAAACUGCGAAUCUGAGAAGGACGAUCUCACGGCAGGUGCCUAUAAAACCAUGGGAAAACAUGAGCCAUUCAACAGAAAAAAGUCAUUUGACAUUGGGGCGAUGGUCUUAAGUGUCACGGAAACUGUCACGAGCACUGAUAAACAGAAAACAACAAUUCUGGAGCUGGAAAAAUUCGUGGAAGAAGAUCCAGUAAUCACUUAUUUCAAUAAUCUCUAUAAAGAGCUAAUGCAAGAGGAAACUGAAUGGAUUAAACAAGGGAUCACUGAAGACGACGUCGAUUACAGGAAUGAUGUUAAUUUUGACCCGCGAGAUAUUUUUGAUUACGACUACCAAUAUGAAGUAUAUGAGGAGUCUUUUGAGUCAG